AUGAGUAAGAAAUGUCUCCACGCCAUGAGAUUCUUACUCAAGAAAUUCAAGAAAGUCAUGUGCUUGAGAAAAAAAGCUUCACUAGGGCAGUCAGUGACUACUAAUGAUACUGAUGAGACAUUAUCGAAAAUCCCAACUGUCCAAGAAUCACUCGAUUUUUCCGGUACAAAAGGUGCCUGUGUGAGUGAGUGGCUACCUACGUCUCCAGAACCACAUAAUUUAUCUAGCGUAACUGAAAGCAAAAGCUCAGCUGUAGCUAGUAACAUACUACAGGCUAAAUUAAUGUUUUUAACCGAUCCUGUUACUAAUCAGGUUUUCAGUUUGCCGUUAUCAAUUUUUAUGCGAGUCAAAAGACGAUCCGCCACCGCUGCUGAAAAGAAAGAAGCUACACAUCCACAAUAUUUACUUUAUGAACUGGUCACAAAUCUAUUUACUCAUGACGAAAUACAGAAAUGUUCGCUAGAUGGAAAAGUAAAGCAAUCAUUAGCCUUUCCAUCCGAGAGAAUGAGAGCUAUUGAUGAUCAGUUAAGCCAUUUAUACGGUGUAUUUUAUUCAAUGUAUCGGGAUUCAUUUGGCUUAUCAGUUGCUUUUCGAGAAAAAACAAGAUAG